GCUGUAAGUAGCUUUUAGCGGAAGGUAAACAGCAACCUCCAGACGCAGGUGAAAGAAACGUAGCGGCUAUGAGCUGAGUCGAUACUCCGAGUGGUCAGACCUCCGUGGCGUUUUGUGUUGAGACACCUGAGAGUUUGGCAGAUAUGGUGGAGGUAUUUUCCGGCCGGACACUUUUGAAUAAAGACGGGGACUUCGUGGACCCCGAGGAGGCGCUGAGGAACAAAGUGGUAGGGAUUUACUUCUCAGCGGGAUGGUGUCCGCCCUGUCGAGACUUCACUCCCGUCCUGUGUGAUUUCUACACCGAGCUGGUGGAGGAGAGCGACCCUCCUGCGCAGUUUGAGAUAGUUUUUGUCUCCUCUGACAAGAAUACUGACGACAUGGUGGAAUAUUACCACGAUAUGCACGGAGACUGGCUCGCUUUGCCCUGGACGGAUGAGUACAAGCACGAGCUGAAGCAGCGUUACAAGAUCACAGCAGUCCCUAAACUUGUGAUUGUGAAGGAGAAUGGCGACGUGAUCACCGACAAGGGCAGGAAACAGAUCCGAGACUGGGGCCUGGCUUGCUUCAGGUCCUGGCUGGACGCCGCAGAGAUCUUUCAGAACUUUAAGGGUUAGAAGAACCGUGAACCGAAAUCAGUGGGCUGAACAACACCUGCAGAAAAGUACAGAAAUAUUUCAGUCUGACAUAAAUGAAAAAAGAACAGAUUUAAUUCUUUACACAAUCUUGUCAUCUUGUUAAGGAGUGGGUACUUUCAGCCUUAAAGCAGAAACGCAUGACCUGAUGCCAGCCUUGCAAGCAUAAGCUGCUUUAGUUCCAAACAUCCUAUGCAUAUGAUAUACAUCUCAGACUUCUCCAUUAGGGAAAUUGUCUGUUUAGUGUAAUUACCAGCUGCUGCAGUUCUCAGGUUAUUUGACAAAAUGUAGAUUUAUUGUCCUUUAAAAGCUUUGCCACCAGAUUAACUUUCAGCUCUCCCUGAGAUUGAUUCAAAUAGCUUUUGUAGUUUUAUUACCUCUUUCAGCAAAAAGACGUAGUUCUGUUUUGAACUGCCUGUAUAUUUUUAUAAUUUAUUUGUAAUGGAAUAAUAAUAAUAAAAUUCAUAUAUUGUGA